GUCGUGGAUGCUUGCGUUAAUCGAGCACGCGGUAAAACGUGCUAUUUUUUCCUCGUUGGAAAAACGCGAUUACGGAUAAACAUUAGUUGAAUUAGAUGCGCACGAGUGUAUUCGCACGUGUGAAAAAAUAUCUGGCGAUUUAGUCUCGGCGAAUAAGCAAAGCAAACGAAGAAAAGGCAGAACUGACUCGGAUGUGCUACGUUUUUUGUACACUUGUUUGAGCGCCACCUGUUCGCACGUUACGAUUUUCGAUGAUAAUAUGAUUCGCGAAAGUUACGAUAAUAUCAUUGACACAUAAUUAUUUUCAUUGUUCAUUGAAUUACGACUUCAAACGCACUCAAAAUGAACGACUUACCUUCGGAGAAUCGAUGACUUGAAUUUUGCGCGGGAAUCAUUAACAAUUUCACGCACCAUUCUCAUGGAGAAUUUUUAAUGUUGUUUGGGAGGCCAUUUUGAAAAAAAAACAACUCUAUCUGUUGUGAAGUGUCCGCUCGGCAGCUCCCGGCGUACAUCGGCAAACAUCGGCAUAAACACUUCGGCCGGCUUCACACGAGCUGAAUAAACAAAGACUUUGAAAACUCGCUUGUUGACAGUAUUAUGAUAUUCCUAUGUCCGCAACUCUGGAAUUAUUAUCAAUUUUAUGCACUAUUCUCUUGGAGAAUUUUUAAUUUCUUUAGUGUGGCCACGGAGAAAAAAAAUCACGAUCUACUGUGAAGUGGUCCGCUCGGCAGUUUCCGGCAUACAUCGGCAAAACCACUUCGGCCGGCUUUACGAUUCGAACAAAGAAAGACGUUGAAAACUCGCGUGUUAACAUUAUUACGAUAUUCCAUGUUUGCAACGUUCGAACAUAUAUAAAUGCACGUGCUUUCCGAGUGCUUCACUUGUUUGUUACCGCUAGAUAAGACGACAAGUACUCGAAAUACGAGAAGACUCUAUGAAAUUUUGAUCCGCCAGUGUUUCUAACGGCCCCCACUCCCUCACCCAACUCACCGAACCUGCUUUUCUUCAGUCUGUAAUCACGUGCCAAAGGACGAUCGUCGUGAUCGUGUUUUUAACCUCCGUGACUCGUGCUCUAACCUCCAAGACUUUGAGUUACGAUCAGUUAGUGUUUUGUGCUCGUGCUGCGAAUGUAUCUACGUGUACAUAUAUGCACACAUGUAUUUGUAUACACUUCGCGUAUACGGCGGUUCUUCAAAAAAGAACUUGCGAACGGUCUAUAGAAGGAAAAGAUAUCUGUGUUAACUUCUGUUUCUAGUGAGAAUUGUGUUACGAUUUUUUGGAUUAUGAAAUAUCGGUGGCUGCUCAAUAUCCCGACGGACGGCCAGCUUUUCACAUCGCGUGAACGAGUGAUGUCUUUACAAUACUUGCGUCGCCAGCUAAGCACACGAUGACUCAAAUACAAAAUAACGGUUACGAUGUCCAGAACGCUUGCCUACUUGGAAGUCCCCGGCCGACCUUAUGCAAAAUAAUCCACGGGGUGGCUCAACCCCUCAAGCCCGGGGGAACAAUGAUCGAGCCCCGGAAAUAACGUCGUGUCUUGACGCCCCUCGUAAGGGCUCGAAUCCUACUAGUCUGCGGCUGAGGCCGCGACGCUAUCGGAUCGAUCACCUGAUAGAGAUACGCUGAGGGGAAGAUAAAGCGUGGAAGGGAUGUCUAGUUGAUUCUCUCGUCUGAUAAGCAACCGAGCCAGUGCACACGGAGCAACGAAGGGAAGAGAAAACUGAAAAAGAAGUACAAAGAGUUUGUGAUAAUACUAGUCGAGAUGCAGCGUUCAUAGACCGGAGAGUCGUGUUUUUUCUCUUCUUCGCUGGGUGAUUGCGAAUGUGGGAUAAAAAAUAAAUAGUGAAGUGAAAUAAGAGUUUCGUUAUUUCUGUAUCAUUUUUCAAACAUAUUUUCCAUUGCUUUGAUGAAAGUGAGUGCUUUUUUUACGAUCGCGAGUUCGCCGGUGCAGGAAUUCUCGAGUGUGACCGAGUCACGCGAUUAGAUAUCGCGAGCCUGUGUCGGAGGGAAAAAAAAUAUUUUCAAAUAAUCGUAGCAACAAUAAAUCAACGUCUCGAGUGAAAGUGCAGUGUUUCAAGGGAUUCGAUUCGUCUAGUAACGAGCUCUGGUAAAACACACGGUGUCUCACGAGAGUUAUCAUUGAAAAUAAGCCGAGCCUUCAUCGGAGCCCUCCCAUGAAAAUGCUUCAAUCGUUGAACGCUCUGGCGGGCAAAAUAUCGCCCGGCUCGCCAACCGACGGCAAUGCGAAUAAAGUCCAUAUGCAUAAUAAUAACAACAACAACAACAACAACAAUGUGUCCCAUCAUCCGCACCCGUACUUGAAGCAACAGAGCCAGCAGACGUCGCGCACGCUCCCGACGAAUGGCGACCAGAAGGAAAAUACUAUUAUGAAUAACAACAAGCAGCAAAAACCCGAUCCAGACAACAUUAAAAUGUUUGUUGGUCAAGUACCCAAGGACAUGGGAGAAAACGAUCUUCGAGCGAUGUUCGAGGAAUACGGGAGGGUUCACCAACUUAAUGUACUUCGAGACAAAUUCACCGGUUGCAGUAGAGGAUGUUGUUUCGUGACGUUUUAUACGAGAAAAGCCGCCCUUAUCGCCCAGAACGCGUUGCACAACGUCAAAACCUUUCCUGGGAUGCACCAUCCGAUUCAGAUGAAACCAGCGGAUAGCGAAAAUCGUAACGAUCGUAAACUCUUCGUGGGUAUGCUCUCGAAAAAGUUUAGCGAAAAUGAUGUCAGAGACAUGUUCGAGGUUUACGGAGCAAUCGAGGAUUGCACGGUGCUGCGAGACAACGCCGGGCAGAGCAAGGGCUGUGCCUUCGUUACAUUCGCGAGCAAACAAUACGCAAUCACGGCCAUCAAGACUCUGCAUCAUUCGCAAACGAUGGAGGGAUGCUCGUCGCCGCUGGUAGUAAAAUUCGCUGAUACACAAAAGGAAAAGGAUCAGAAGAGAAUGCAGCAAAUACAGGCGAAUCUGUGGAACAUUGCCGGAGUCAACAUGGCGCCGCAUUACCUCACAACAAAUGAAACGCACUCCCUCGCGCCAACAUCGCUACAACUCCUACAACAACUGCAAGCGACGUCGAAUGCCGCGACCCCUGUGGGUGCGAAUGCUGGUGCUAACGCCCUCUCAAGCGUGCAACAUCAAUUGUUGCUGCAGCAACAUCUGGGACUCGGGGCUGCAACACCCGCUCAAGCAGCACCCCCGGCCGUAUCAAGCCCACCGGAAAUCAAUCCGGCGAACCUUCAAGGUCUCGCGACACUCGCGUCACUCAAUUCGGCCGGUGAGUACGCGAACGCUGGAGUGACGCCAAUGAGUAUGCAGAACCUGGUUACGCUGGCAGCGAUGACAGGUGGAAAUGGCAACCUUCAAGUAUCCCCAAACACGUUAAGCGGAUUGGCCAAUUCGACAGCAGGUAUGUCGCUAUCUGCUCUCCUUGGAAAAACGGGAAGCACAGGGUCCACAGGUGGUAGUUUAAGUCCGGUGACCUCUCUCGCUCUCAAUUCCCUGACGGGAACACCCCUCAACGGUCUUCAGGAUUCGCUGAGCAAUGCUUAUUCGAGCUUGCAACAAUACGCUGGGUUCCCGGCAUUCACGGGGGCUUCGGCAGCAGCGGCAGCAGCGGCGGCGGCCGCCGCCGCGGCUGCGCAAAAUACCACUUCCGGUCCUGCUGGUAAACAAAUCGAAGGACCCGAGGGUGGCAAUUUAUUCAUCUAUCAUCUACCCCAAGAAUUUAGCGACAACGAUCUAGCUUCUACUUUCCUGCCCUUCGGUAAUGUCAUAUCAGCCAAAGUUUUCAUCGACAAACAGACCAACAUGAGCAAAUGCUUCGGCUUCGUGUCGUACGACAACGCACCGAGCGCUCAGGCGGCGAUUCAAGCGAUGAACGGUUUUCAAAUAGGCACGAAGAGACUCAAAGUUCAGCUGAAGAGAUCCAAAGAGGCAUCGAAGCCUUACUAGCCGAGGACAACGAGCCUCGUCCGUAGGUAGGGUAGCCUCAAAUAAGUAAUAAAAGACAAGAAACAAUGCCAACAAGUAGGUACAGAAAGAAAAAGAACAAAUAGAGAGUUUGGAAGACGAAAGAAAAACUGGAGUGACGAAAUGAGAAUCCGGUUUGUUAGGAAUUUGGCUCCAUUAAGUCCCCCCGGGCUUGGUACAACUUUGACCAUGUUGACACGAGAGCAGCUCAAGUGGCAAGUAAAGAUACACGUUCACUUUGUUUAUUCUCCCACGACUUACGCGAGGUCUAAUUUUCCAACGAAGCAGCGACGUAGAAAAAUAUCGUUACUCUCCUUUUUAAUGAAAAACAGUAUUUUAUACUCACUACAAGACUUUUGCUUGCUCUUCAUGUGAUAAUUAUCAAUUGAAUUACUAGUUUUUUUACCAUUUAUGUUUUCACUUGCCCUCCGAUUUAAAACUCGUAUAGUUACUCAUACUUUUGUUCCCCUAGCACAAUGGAUCAUGGCAAACUCUUACAAGUUCGCUUGUAACUAUUUUUUUUGAAUUCUCCGUUGUUACCAACAUGAAAAAUCUUUUGUGCACUAUGAUGAGAAUGAUUUUCAGAUCCUGUGAUAUUACGAACGUGAUCAUUGUGAGAUUAUCUCCAAAUUUAGGUUACAUUCUCAAGUGGUUUUUCGAGUUCGCGCUAGUCGAGACGUUUUUUUCGUCGUUGGUGUGUUCUCAUCGAUCAUAUUUCGCACACUCGCUUCAAUUUUUCAGUUCAUCCAUUUAUUGCUAUGUUAUAACCUAUUUCAUACACGAGAUAUUUCAACUUCACACCUUUCGCUUUGAAACCCUUGACCCAACUACCAGUAAUUAAAACCCGACUCGUUCGGCCAAUAAAAAUUUUCCGCACAAACAUUCACAGUCGUGCAACCGGAAUAUAAACCGCCAAAUCUCGAGAUAGAUGAGCAUCGUGCCUCGCCUGCGUCGUUCAAUUCCUUUUUAUUGCUUGGCUGGAAGCCUCGACCACGACGAGAAUGGAUACGCGUUAUGAGCUCACUAUCAGUAUUCUGUUUCCAGGUGUUCAUUAACGAACGCGAACGAACACCGAAAGACGGAAUCAUUGAUAGUAAACGCCGUGGAAAAGCCACACAUUAGUAAUUCCCGAGGCUUCUCGCUAGCCCGAGCUGCCACGGCUUGCCCCUCGUGAUUAAUUUUUAAUUGAAACAUUGAACAUCAAAUUUUCCCUUUACGCGAUAGCGUAAAAGCAAAAACACAAAACAUCGAAAUGCUACAGACCCUUAAAACUGAUGCGAAUCUUUAUUUUUUUUUCUAUUAAAGAUUCCUUGAAAUGCAUUUCGGUUCUUUGGAAAAUUCCAAAAUUACGAUUCAAUUAUGAUUUAUAUAAUCGAACAUUCGUUUAACUAUAUUUCUUCGCGAGAUCCCCGAUUGGAGUUGGCUUGAAAUAUCUCGUUUAAAUGAUAGAUAACAAACGUACGUCGUAGUAGUAUCUUUUUCUCAAUUCCGUCCAUCUUCUAAGAAUUAAUUAAUUAUAAUAUCUGUGCACAUUGACGAACUGUGCAUGUGACGAACUGCCGAUAUUUGUAUACAUUGUUUUCUUUUGUUAACUCUUUAUCGUCAAGUUUUGUCAUUUCAUAUUUUCCUGUUGUUUGUUUAUUUAUUUAUUUAUUUAUUUAUUUAUUUAUUUAUUUAUUAGUGUAAAUGACAGGGCUUUCUCGUGAGUGCUCUCGAAUUAAUGAUAUUCUGCUAUCGAAAAUCAACGUUUAACCGUAGAACGAUGUUUGUAACAGUCGCAUCGUAUGCUGUUGUGAUACACGAAUGUACAUACGUUUAUACGAAACACGCCAUUUCGUUGUAUCCGUGAAGCCGAGCGGGUUUUUCAUCCUUCAAAAAUGACUUUCCAUAAACGAUAUGAAAAACACGAUCGGCCGGGUAAGAAUCGCGGUGAAAUGGCAUGAAAGACGUAAGACAUACGAGGCGUUCCACGUCAUUUCGAGAGCCAGUGACCCGGAUCACUAUUCGUUCAAUUUUAUUGAAAAAAUGUGUUAAAAAAUCCCCCGAAACAGGGUGAAACAUCGUGGAACGCCUCGGCUAGAGAGUAACCAUGAUGCCAAAAGCUUUAUUAGAUAAAAUUAGUGUACUAACAAAAACGCAAAUGUUUAUUAUAAUCAAGGUGAAGUUCGACAAAGUCAGAAUAAGACAACGCGAUUGCGAUUUUCAGGGCGAUUAGCCUCACGAGUUCCUCGGGUCAAACGACGGGGAUGUUAUCUCUAAAAAUGAAAUGCUUCCGAGCCUGUGGUCAGUUUCGAGGAGCGACGAAUCCGGAAAACCUGAUUCAUUUGUACGCUCGUUAUGACCUAGGAACGCGUCGAGAACCAGUACCCGAAACUUUUUAAUGAAUUGUCUCAUAACUUAUGUGUAAAAGCAAAAAAAUAUUAAUGAGCUCGCGCAGAAUAGUAGUGAAAAUUGUUUUAGAAAGAAUUUCAAUGAAAACGUUGCUCUUGCUUUUUUUCGACUACGAAAAUGAGUCACGAAAUGAAAGUUGUUCAUUCUUCUUCCAUCAUUUUGUCCCGUCUCUGUAUUUGUUGCGAAUAUUGACCAGACUUUGAUCCGUUUCGUUCACCGUUUCUGUUUGAUCGGGUACUAGUUCAUAAUCGCCGAGCUUCCAGCAGUUUAUUUUGGUGUGGUGGUGACUAACCUGUCUGUGUGUUUCGUUUGUGUGCCAGCAGGUGGCCUGUGACGUUGUGACCAUGUACUCUCUCUCUCUCAACCUGGAGUCGCCGUGCCAUGUCUGUCUCAGUCAAUCAAUCAGUCACGACAAAAUUCGCUCUCAACCCAGUCUCUGUGUUGUUGUCGAUGAUUGUUGCGACCUCAACUAUAUUAUCCUUGAUCCUUGAUCCCUGAGCCCCCAAAUCCAAUACGAAUAAUGAAUUUCUCCAGCCUGCCCAGCCCGCGCUCCCUCGACCAUCGAAAACAACAUUUUUAAUCGCCCACAAAUCAUCCGCGAAAAUCCUGACCACGUACUUCGCUCUCAGAAUCGAUUUUUCGUAUCAUGACUUUGUACAGAAACUUGCCCCUCGAGCCAGGACAGCGUCGAUUCCUCGAUUUGAAAAGGAACAAAAAAAUUAUUAAAAUCAUAGCAUUUUUUAACGAAAUUUAGCCGAAUGUACGGACCUUUCUCCUCGCAACGCUUUUUCAUUUUUUACCGAAUGGAGUACAUGUGACUUCGCGAUCCGAUCUUACGGCUCGAUCGAAAGACUGGCGAUGGAGAAAUGAUAUCGACGUGUUACGAUAAUCGUAUCGAGGAAUCGACCCUCCGAUGGUCUCGUUAAGGAGCAACCAACAAGCGUUUAUAAUUAACCCAACGACGCUAUGUAAAGUUUUAAUUAAAGUUUACUUACGAAAAGAAAAUACAAAUAAUUAAAUGGAUAAGGUGAAGACGAACAUUGUGAAAAACUAUAAAAACGAUACUAACUCGCUCGUUGUUACCGCGAAACAGUUUUUCCGACGCCAAACAAAGAUUUAUGAAAAGCACAGAGAAAAAUCAAGCAAGUAGAUGUACGUGAGUAUGCGUCCUCGUGCGAGUGUGUGUGUCCGAAUAAACGUGCGAGCUUAUCCGCGAGUUUCUAUGCCGCGCGGAGCCUCGCCUCUCGCCGGAGAUAUUCUUGAAAGUAGACAUUUUUUCUAUCGCAUAAAGUUAGUGCUAAAUCAACGGGGAGACGAAAUGAUGAACGUGGGGGAGCUCCCGGUCAGAAUAAACGAAAAGGGGUUUUGUAAGAGCGGUAAUAUGUAGAUAUACUCAUAAAGAUUGAGUUUAAAGUAUGAUUUUUCUCGCAUGUUUUACCAAUUUUGCCAUCAGCCUUAGCAUCGUUUCGUUCUUACAUCCUUCGACGCGAAACACAUAAUUAGUCGUCUUUGAUUCUGGGACUUGGAAGGCGACAAGCGAUCACUCCACUGCUCUUUAUUAAAGCGAUAUAACCGAGGAUUUGAUUCGCACCCCAAUUUAUACAUAAAAAUCGUACUUUCGUGAACCUCGGAAAAGCUUUUCUAUGCUGAGACUUAGGAUUUUUCGAUGUUUUUAUUGGAUUUUUUCAAAUUGCAAGCACUUUGAGAAUCAUUAUCUCAUGGAAUCGUGAAUACUUUUCGACGUAUUUCAUCAUUCGUCAGAUCAUGAAUUCGACCCUAAAAUCGUGAUGAAAAAUAUGUUGUGAUCGUUCGACUCCAGCCGUUUGUUUGAUCGAUACAUUAGUUAUUGCUCGUUAAGCAAAUUUCGUUGAAUCAUCAAUAUUUUCAUUGAUUAUUGAUACUCCUUCGAAUAAAGAGUAUCCCGGUGCAAUUAUUGUCCCAUUGAAACGUGAAUAUUCUGUCAAAUGCUUCGCAUUUUGCGGGACGAUCAUACGCCGUGGCGAACGAAAAGCGAUUUCAAAUAAAUGGCCGAGCCGAUGAGCAAUCGAGUUUUCGAAGUGACUGAAACGAUCAUUCACAUUUAUUUCGAAGGAUUUGUUCGCUUGAUGAAUAAAUUUCAAAGAAUCCGUGAAAACGAAUCCAAGUGUGAGGAUGAGCUAGUGAACAAAAAAAAUUGGCUCGUUUUCGCGAGAAUAGCAAAACGCGCGAUUGUCGAAAAAUGGCACGAAAAAAAUCAGAAUGCUGAAGAAGUACGUUCCUCCUCUCGAUCGAUCCCGUUUCCAACCUUCCCCGUGAAAAAAGCUUCUCCGAAAGGUCGUCAAAACGAACGUAUCGCUUCUCAAAUACGCUAAAUUCCCGCCGACCACCAAAAUCAGUUCUCGAGAGGAAAAAGAAAAAGCGCCAAUAAACAAAAUUAUGGAAAGUCAUCGUCGUCGAUCAUCCGCGUGGGGACAAAAGUCUUCGAAACCCACACGUGAAACGAAUAGUAUCGAGGUGCGCGAUGGAUGCAACAAGAGCGAGAGAAGCGAGGGACCAUUGCAAACAAACUAGCAAUGCUCGCAACUUCGCAUCCCAGAGCUGGAACGUAAUGGAAAGCAAAAAGAGAAUAACUUGAAAGAAGAUAAAACAAGAGACGAGGAAAUAAAACAAAAAAGAAAAACGAAGCAUUAGCAGCCAGGCUCGUGUGACCGGCAAGCCCCCGACCCCCACGCUUUAUCAUUUGCUCGUGGCAAUUUCGUUGUUACGUAUUUUUAUUUAAUUUACAUUUGUUUGUUCUAUUCGACACACCGUGAGAGUGUGUGCCGCAAUGUGUCACGCGCACUGGCAACGCGACCGAGCCAAGAUUUCAUCAAGCUUCGGGCCACGAAGCACAGUGAAGAAAUAAUUGUAGAAAGAACGAAAGAAAGCUGCGCUACCAGAAUCGUUGCUUUAACCAGUCAAAAUUCACUGAUCAAAGUGCUCUCGAGUUGAAAAAGUCAAGCUCCGGUCUCGGUCCUCGCGUCGAUACAAACUCCCUUUACGUUUUUCAGUCUAUGUAAACGUGUAUGCAUAUAUACGUGUAUCUACAUAUAUGUGUAUGUAUGUAUCGGAAGGCUGGGAGGAGGGACAGAGUCACGAAAGCUCAGAGAAGCUCUCACGUAGUUCUAAAACAUUACGAAACGAUAAAUGGAGAAAUAAAAGAUAAAAACUGGAAAAAACGAAGGGAGACAGAUUAGAAAAGCUUCUCUCCAAAUACGUCGAAUUUUCUACUUGCAGUCCGUCACGAGAAGCAGACUGUAAUGUUAUCUCAGAGUGAAUAAAGAAGAAAGAAAGCAGCUCCAAGGCAGAGUUAACCAAAGACGUGUCUUAUAUAUUAUUAACAGAUAUGUACUUACCAAUGCAAAGCUACAAUGACUAAUAACGUCGGGUUAAGACGACUUUCAUUUUUGUUUUUGUUUCCUUCUUUUUUUUUUUUUUUUUUUUACUUUAUUUUUGGAUUAACCACACGCGUGUACGAACAUUCGUGUACACGCGAACAUCGAAAAGAACGAUUUUAUCAGAAGAAAUAAUGCAGAAAAAAGAAACACCUCAAUCAUACAUAACGCCCACACGCACACACAUUUACACAAAUACAUUAGUUAAGUGUUAAUACACUUGUAAAACGCGCGCAUGAAAGCAACAAAAUAUGGAGCCUAGUCAUAACUAUUCGUUAACGGUGUGUAUGUGUGCGUGUUCUACAUCACUGUGUUCUAUACCAUCGUCAUUCGUCAUUCAUAUUGUCUUUGUAUAUGCACCGGUCAUAAAACGUCGAGUUGAGAAAAAAAAGGCGGCGGAAUGAGAGAAAAAAAGGAAUGAUAAGGGAUUAUUAUUAUGACCAUCGAAAUAUAACUAUACUUGUUCUGUGUAGAUUAGGCAAAACGAUAGUUUUCAUUGUCGCCUAUUAUUACUGUUAUAUUAUUAUUAUUAUUAUUAUUAUUAUUAUUAUUAUUAUUAUUAUUAUUAUUAUUAUUAUUAUUAUUAUUAUUAUUAUUAUUAUUAUUAUUACUCGUUAUAUGAUUAUUAUGAUUUACGAUCAAUGGUACUAUUAUCAUGAAUGAUCGAUAGUUUAUUAUUAAGCGAAUGCGAUUCAUUGAUCAUUAUAAUAAUCAAUCAUUUAGCCACGAGCUACCAUUCGCCUCAUGUUCUUGAACGACAAAAAUAACAAUGAUCGCGUUGCGCUGUUCAUUCGUAUUGGUGUAUGCGUUUUUGAUGAUGAAAGAAGAGAGAGUACAACGCGACGAGGGUUGCAAAAGCUCAUUAUUCAACGAAAUAUUUCUUUUCGUAUGAUUACUUUUAGGCCUCAUCAUUUUCUUUAUUGCGAUUAUUACUGUUUGCCCUUAAAUCUACGAUUUAAUCGUCCUUCUCCACACUCUAGACGCAAGCUCCGAAUACACUUUUUUACUGCGUUGCGCAACGAUCAGACGCAAUCUUCGAACCUUCAAGACUGUACGAAAAACUGAGGAUGAAAAUAUUCACAAUUAUUGUUUCACUCUUUUCUUUUUGUUUCAUUAUUCCCUUCGUAAAGAGUUUUUCGAGUGUACUUAAGAAAAAAAGGCUGUUUUAGAGCUUGCUUGUAUUGAUUGGGCGUGAAGAGUUGGCAGCUUUUCGUCAAUAUCCAAUAACUUUUAUCAAUAUGAACCAAGCCUCCUUUGCUAAGUGUUCGUUACUUUAUCUUUUUAGUUUUUAUUUCUUUUUUCUCUCUCCUUUUUAUCACUUAGUGUAUAAAUGAAGUAUCGAAUUUCAAGAUACGACGAGGCUGAGCAUUAUUCUAUGUGGGAAUCGAGACAAAAGUUACGAGCCAAAGUGCAACUUUUCUUCUUAAUCGAAAAUAUAAAAGGGUCCCAAAAAUUAAUGAUAAUAUUUAACGCGGAUUUAAAAUAGAGAGACACCGAAAAUAAGCAGAAAAUGUUGACGAGCCUCGUUACUCGCGUCGCCAGACACGCAUUAUUAGAUUAAAAAUUAUCAAAUUUAUAUCAUUAUAUUCAGCAGCUAAGGCACCUUAACUUUGUUUAGUUCGUGAUUAUUAUUGUUAUUAUUAUAAUUAUCACUAUCAUUGUCAACGCAAGGCAUUGUCCCCUGAAAACAAAACUGUGAAAAACGUUGUUUGGUUUUUUUUUUCUUCUUUUUCGUCCAAUAGUUAUAACGACGACGAUCUUCGUAGUGAAAUAAUAAUAACAAAUUGUUAUUAUCAUUAUUAUAAUUAUCGUUAUAACCAUAAUUACCAUAUCUAUGUAUACAGUUUUGUUUCCUCUGAACACCGCUUAUUCUCGAUAGUUUGUAUCUUUUUGUUGAUUCCCGCUGCACCCCCCCCCCCCUCCCCCCCGCCGCUUAUACGAUAAAUCGAGUUAUUACUUUUUUUUUGUUCCAAAGUUUCGCCAAUGUCGAUGUUGUUUGUUUUUUUUUUUCUUUCUUUCUUUCUUUUUCGUUAUUACAUAUAAUGACCGGGGGAAACGCUGGAUUCGUGCCAUUUUGUUAUGAACGAGAGGGAAUGACGUUGAUGAAUAAUUUUGAAAAAUGAGGAAAACUCGGUUAUGGGAAUAAAGUCGGUAUACGACUCGAUGCCAGUUUUGUAGUUUAAGCGAAAAACCAAAGUACAUUAAAAUGUUUUAUUUCGAGUCACGAGCCACGAGUCACUCGUUCUGUGAUCUCCAGCGGAGACGUUUUUUUGGCCUCGUGUCUCUGCAGCCGUGAAAAGCUCGCGCUGGGUUUUCAGCCUUUUUCAUCGAUUCAUUCCGUUCCCUCUCGCGUCUCGCCACAACACACACGGAAUGAAAGUCCAAAAUUAUGAAAUUAUGUAAUCGUAGAAUUAGCGGUCGUUGUACACGAGUACACGUAAUCGUCGAACAUAGAGGAUUAUUUUUCUUCUCUUAAAACAGGGCUAUGUAUUGUUACGAAAAGUGCUUUUCACCCAACGACUGUCUGUGUGCACGUGCGAAUAUGGGACUGCGAUGGGAAAACCCCCAAUCAGCCACCUCAUUUCUCAACCGAAAUUUUUAAAGGGAUGAACUUUCAAUGGACGGUACAAAUUCAGCCUUUCGUAUGCUCACCGAGAUCCAUAUGAACCGUCGUGAAACAACGAGAAACGAGGUGCCUCGAUGGGACUUCCAUCGACUCCCGAGUAUCUACGAAUCCAUAAAUGCUAGCGUUUUUUUCGUAAUUUUCCAAUCAUAUUCAAGCAAUGUUGAAUAAAAUAGUAUUUUAUAUGACUGUUGGAACACCGAUGGAAAAAAAGUAUCGCGAGAUAAACCGAUAACGAAAUUUCCAUUUAUAACGACGAUUUUAUUUGCUUUUUUGUAUCGAUCUUUGAUGUCGCGUUAUUUCGUGAGAAAUAUUUCCACCGAAAAUAUAACUUUGACGCCUUCUCUCGACCAGCUUCGAAGAGGAUUCAUUGAAUUUGAAAAGUUUUUAUAAAAGCACAAAAAACCAACUUGGACGAAUUUCUUACACGGUCUCAUAGUCUCUUGUUCCCCACUUUUAAAUCCUCGUUCAUUGAAAUACUAUUUGAUCCAACAGCGACUCGUCACUAUUAAAAUUACGAGAAAAAAUCAAUUUUGUAAACAUUUAUACGAAAAUUUCUAGCAUCGUGAGCAUGAGACAUUUCGUUUGUACGAAACGUAUAUGUAAAUGUGUAUUUUCAGGAGCAAAGCUCGUGCUGCACAACAAAACGUAUUGUGAAAGUAACAAUAUACAUAUAUUUAUUUUGUUGGUUUAAUUUAUUUUUGUUCGUUCGUUUUAUUUCAACAUGCUUUAUUAUCCCCUUCCCACUUACCUCUCAAGCCCUGUAAUGCUUAUUAAAAUUUUAUCUCUUUCUCUCUCUCUUUUUCCCCUCAUUGAAAAACUCCAGUGUAAGCUAUUUUGUUUGCAUACGAUCGUUUCAUAUUCACCUCGAACACGUGUCUUUCUCGAUACGCCGUUUUUUUUUUUUUUUUUUUUUUUAAUUUUACGAACCACGCAGCAGUUUUUUCACCUGUUCGUGGAUUCAGCUACAGUGAGAAUGAUUUUACCGAUAAAAUCGUCGUUAUCGCAAUGCAAUUGUGUUCGAGAGGGACACGCAGAAGAAAUCUUGCAGUGAUUAUUUUGAAAAUAUCAGUAGGCCCCCCUCCCAUUCGAGGCUCGACUCUGAUACUUGCGGUGGUUUGAUUUUCCCGCGAUUAGUCUAUCGCUUCAUUCGUCAGCGUUAUAUUCCGUCUCGAUGGCGGGAUUCUCAUCGGGACAAAUGCAUUUGAUGAUUGUCAGUUUGGUUAGUCGCCAGGACACGGGACGAUUUUUCGAGCAAUUCGUUUUAUUAAAACGGGGGAAUUUUAAGUGAUAACGCAAAAUUCAGUGUCGCAAAAUGUUUGUGUGAAUGCGAAUGCGUGCUAAUUUUGUGAAGAAGAAGAAGAAAAAAAUAAAAAAUAAAAAAUAAACAUACGAAAAAAUUGCGGAUAUUGAAGAGAAAUUCAAAUUGAUCAAUACGAAAAAACACAGGACAAAAAAGAGGGUAUAAAUAUAUCGAUAGAACAGAAUUUAAUAUGGCGUGACAUCCUGCGACGAUGAGAGGUUUUCUUGAACGUCUCUCGCGACGUCAGAGUUUUCAAAAGUAUCAUUUUCGAGAAACUAAAUAUUUCUACCGAUCCCCCUCGCAUUGAUGGAUAAGCCGAUCGUCGAUGAGUGCACGUGGCCCGCAUAUUUUUCAAUUUUUUUUUCUCUUCGAGCAUCGUACAGAAAAUCGUGCGCAUUGCGCGACUCACGUAUUUUCAGUAUUCACAAUCUGGCGUAUAUAAAUAAAUAUAUAUAUAUAUAUAUAUAUAUAUACAAAUAUAUAUAUCUAGGUUUACGAUAAAAAGAAAGAUAAACAAAAUAUUGUAACAUUUAAAUAGUAUUAACGUAAUGUCUAUCGCAACUAAGAGUCACGAUGUCUAAAUAGUUACGAUUUAGAUUUUUUAUAUUUGCGUGCGAGGAUGUAGACGUGUGAUACACACAUAUAUGUAUAUCUAUAUAUAUUUAUACAUAUUUGUGUAUGUAUACAUAUAUGUAUGUAUAUAUGAAUAUUUAAUGAGAAUAACAAAAAACACAAAAAAAAAGGGAGAAAAAACAAAUAAGAUGAAGAUGCUAAAAAAAGAAAGGUCGGAGCGUGUGUUAACGCACUGCGCUGUAGUUAGAUGGGCAAGUUAAUAAAAACGUAUUUUGGAAAUAAA